UACCAUGUUCAAAUCUAGCAAACUUCACUCCUUCCUCUCACUCAACAAUGUCACUCCCCCAAAUUGCUAAAUCUCUGCAAAAACCCUAAAUCGAGCUUCAGCUGACACGGAAGCCAGAGAUGAUUCAAGGAGCACCUUCAUCAUUUCUGCAAUGGAGAAUCACAACACACUCGCUCACCUCUUUCUUCUCAUUCUCCUGUCUCUAACUGCUCAUCUCCUGCCCGAAUCAGCAUCUGCAGAAGUAAUCAAGGCGCAGCAAGACAAGGAGCCGUUUGUGGGGGUGAACAUCGGCACGGACGUUUCGAAUCUGCUGCCAGCUGCGGAUUUUGUCGCUUUCCUCCAGCUGCAGAAGAUCACUCAUGUGCGCCUCUACGAUGCGAAUGCGGAGAUUCUCAAGGCGCUUGCGAAAACCAAGAUUAGAGUCAUCGUCAGCGUGCCGAACAACCAGCUCCUCGCAAUUGGCUCCUCCAACGCCACCGCCGCCACCUGGAUUGGCCGCAAUGUGGCCGCCUACUACCCCCAAACCCUAAUCACCGCCGUCUCCGUAGGAGACGAAGUACUCACCACUAUCCCCGGCGCCGCUCCUUUGCUAAUGCCGGCAAUUGAGUCUCUCUACAGCGCUCUCGUCGCCGCAAAUCUGCACACGCAGAUCAAAAUCUCCACCCCCAAUUCGGCCUCAGUGAUUCUCGACCCCUUCCCCCCUUCUCAGGCCUUCUUCAACCAGAGCUUGAGCCCUGUUCUGACCCAGCUUCUGCAGUUUCUGUCGAGGACGCAGUCGCCGCUGAUGAUGAAUCUCUACCCUUACUAUGUGUUUAUGCAGAACAAAGGCGUCGUGCCGUUGGAGAAUUCUCUCUUCAAGCCGCUCACGCCGUCGAAAGAGAUGGUCGAUCCCAACACAUUGCUGCACUACACCAAUGUCCUCGAUGCCAUGAUAGAUUCGGUCUACUUCUCGAUGAAGAAUCUCAAUGUCACCGAUGUGGCGGUGCUCGUCUCCGAAACCGGCUGGCCUUCAAAGGGGGAUUCGAAGGAGCCUUACGCCACAGCUGACAAUGCUGGCACGUUUAAUUCCAACUUGAUCAAGCGCGUUCUUGAUCACAGUGGCACGCCGUUGCACCCGGAGAUCACUUCCAGUGUCUACAUAUACGAGUUGUUCAAUGAGGACUUGAGGUCGCCUCCCGUCUCGGAGGCUAACUGGGGUCUGUUCUAUGGGAAUUCGACUCCGGUCUACUUGCUUCACGUGUCGGGGAGUGGAACGUUUUUGGCAAACGACACUACGAAUCGGACGUACUGCAUAGCCACAGCGGGGGUUGAUGCGAAGACGCUGCAGGCUGCUCUGGAUUGGGCGUGUGGUCCUGGGAGGGCGAAUUGCUCGGAGAUUCAGCCGGGGGAGAGCUGUUACCAGCCUAACAAUGUCCAUAAUCACGCUUCCUAUGCAUUUGAUAGCUAUUAUCAGAAGGAAGGAAGGUCCUCUGGUUCUUGUGACUUCAAGGGUGCUGCCAUGGUCACCACAACAGAUCCUAGCAGCGGGAACUGCGUAUUUCCUGGAAGCAAAAUUGUGAGUAAUAGGACAAAUGAGGUAGUGAACUCAACGCAGGCAAGUGGUGGUGGCAGGGUGGUGGGCUUGGACUUCACUGCGACGACAGUGGUGCACAUGCUCUCUGGUGUCCUCAUCUGCUUGUUUUAUUGCUCAUUCCUUUGAUGGCCAUUUAAGUGUAGAGAGGGUAUAAUAAAACUAGUUGCCUCUUCUGCCUUUUGCUUUGCUCAUAAUAAGUGCAAUUUUUAGAAUGAUUCUUGCUAGCUAUUAGUACUACCUUUUAGAGGGUAGUCCCUUUAAUUCUUUCAUGUUUCUUUUGUAUAAAAAAAUACUAUUGCCACCUAGUUUAAUUUAUUUGGAAAAAGGUCGUUUCUUGAA